AUGGGCGGGAAGCUGAGCAAUAUAGUUUUGUUACUUAUUGUCUGUGCAACAAUGGGAAGAGCUGCUGCUCAAAGUGCUUCUAAUGUGAGAUCCACGUACCAUCUAUACAAUCCGCAAGAUAACAACUGGGACUUGCUAGCAGUAGGCGCCUUCUGCGCCACGUUCGAUGAGGAUCAACCCUUCGAGUGGCGCAGCAGAUACGGAUGGACUGCCUUCUGCGGACCCAAUGGCCCUCAAGGAGCAGAUGCUUGCGGAAAAUGCUUACUGGUGACAAACAUGGGGACAGGAGCUCAGGAAACAGUGAGAAUUAUAGAUCAGUGCAACAAUGGAGGUUUGGAUUUGGAUGUGAAUGUGUUUAACGAGAUAGACACUGAUGGAAGAGGCUAUGCACAAGGCGACCUUGUUGUCAACUACGACUUUGUAGACUGUGGCGACUAA